AUGCAAAUCUGGCAUAUGGAACCAUUCGCUUGUGGGGAUCGUCGAUUGCCUCAUCAUGUUUUUCCGCCAAAGAAAAUCUCGCCCGAUCAACUUUGUGCCAUUACUGGAGUACAAAGUUAUAAGAUUGAUGUUGAUGAUACAUUGUCGAUGAAGAAACGAUUGACUCUUGUAAAAACCGAGAGAAAUGUGAAUGCAUCCGAUUUUCUCACGAUCAACGACUCAAUCACUGAUCUUAAUGACAAGCUUGAUGAAUUAUAUGAGCCAAUGGUGAAAGAUGAGGAUUUGGUUCUUUUGAUUGUUGAAGGGAUAUGCUAUUAUGAUGUGGAGCCAGAAGAAGAUGAAUGGAUUCGUGUCCAAUGUGAGAAAGGGGAUCUCAUUGUUAUCCCAAAAGGGCUCAAUCAUCGAUUCACCGUUACACCAAAGAAUUUCGUCAAAGUUCAGCGAUUCUUCAACAAACUCUCCGAUACAAUUCAAGGA